AUGCCCACGGUGGACGAGGUGCUCGCGCACGUUGGGGAAUUCAACUUCUUCCAGAAGCAAACGUUCCUCCUCCUCGCUCUGCUCUCGGCCUCGUUCCCCCCCAUCUACGUGGGCAUCGUCUUCCUGGGCCUCACCCCUGAGCACCGCUGCCGGAGCCCGGGCGUGGCCCAGCUGAGCCAGCGCUGCGGCUGGAGCCCGGCCGAGGAGCUGAACUUCACCGUGCCCGGCCCGGGGCCCGCGGGCGAGGCCUUCCCCCGCCAGUGCCUCACGCCCGGCUCCUCCAUCGUGACCGAGUUUAACCUGGUGUGUGCCAACUCCUGGAUGCUGGACCUGGUUCAGGCGGCCGUGAACGUGGGAUUCUUUGUCGGCUCCAUGGGGAUCGGCUACAUAGCGGACAGGUUCGGCCGUAAGCUCUGCCUCUUGCUUACCAUCCUCAUCAACGCUACGUCGGGAGUUCUCAUGGCCGUUGCCCCGACCUACCCCUGGGUGCUACUGUUCCGCCUGGUCCAAGGGCUGGUCAGCAAGGCCGGCUGGGUGAUCGGCUACAUCCUGAUGACGGAGUUCGUGGGGCAGAGCUACCGCAGGACCGUGGGGAUUGCUUACCAAGUUGCCUUCACCGUGGGGCUCCUAGUGCUCGCGGGAGUGGCCUACGCGCUGCCCCACUGGCGGUGGCUGCAGUUUGCCAUGACCCUGCCCAACUUCUGCUUCCUACUCUAUUAUUGGUGCGUGCCCGAGUCGCCGAGGUGGCUGCUCUCCCAGAACAGACACGCCGAGGCCAUGCAGGUGAUGAGGCACAUCUCUCGGGGGGCUGGGAAAACAUCCCUCCCAGCAAUGCCUGGACAGUCCCGGCCCGAUGAGGAAGUUGGCGAGAAGCUGAACCCUUCGUUCCUGGACCUGGUCCGAACCCCGCAGAUAAGGAAGCACACCUUGAUCCUCAUGUACAACUGGUUCACCGGCUCUGUCCUCUACCAGGGCCUCAUCAUGCACAUGGGCCUCGCAGGGAGCAACGUCUACCUGGACUUCUUCUACUCCGCCCUGGUGGAGUUCCCAGCCGCCCUCCUCAUCAUCCUCACCAUUGACCGCAUUGGCCGCCGCUACCCCUGGGCUGGAUCCAACAUGGUGGCGGGGGCGGCCUGUCUGGCCUCGGUUUUUAUCCCUGAAGACCUGCAGUGGCUGAGAGUCACAGUCGCCUGCUUGGGCCGCAUGGGGAUCACAAUGGCCUACGAAAUGGUUUGCCUGGUCAACGCGGAGCUGUACCCCACGUUCAUCAGGAACCUCGGGGUCCUCGUCUGCUCCUCCAUGUGCGACAUUGGCGGCAUCCUCACGCCCUUCCUGGUGUACCGGCUCACCGGCAUCUGGCAGGAGCUCCCCCUGGUGAUUUUUGCGGCGGUUGGCUUGGUCGCCGGAGGGCUGGUGCUGCUGCUGCCAGAGACCAGAGGGCAGACGCUGCCGGAGACGAUCGAGGAGGUUGAGAACUUGCGGAGACCAAGAAGAAACAAAGAAAAGAAGAUUUACCUCCCAGUCAAGAAACAAGACAUCCCACUAAACUGAGAGAGACCCGCGAUGGACUUGCUUUGACAACACCAGGCUGGAAUCAGAGUCCUGCUCUCAUCCCAAAGCCCAGACACCUCACCGUCCUUCUCUUGGAACCCCAUUAACCCAGACCUACGGCCCAGGGGAGCUGUUGCACGACGGUAUCACAGUCCGCCUGUGGGACCAGGUCCUGCAGCCCCCCAGCUCACCCCUCCCCAGCUUUCCUCGGACAAUGGCCUUGGGUUUGCGGGGAUUUUUAUUCCAUCUCCGAAUUCCUUAUUUGAUUCCAUUCUUCACAUGGACAUCAAAUCAAGACACAUAGGCGGGUUGUGAACCAGAUAAACAGAAAAGAUCUAAAAAGCAAUAAAAUUGGGAGCAGAGCGCCUGUUUUCUUAAAGAAAGAAAACAUCCGAAGCAUAUCGAGCUGUCCAGAGUACAUGUCAAGAACUUCAGUCUUUUCAGUAUCGUAUGGAAAGAAGGUUCAAAACACAUUGGUUAUUGUCUGAAUUAGGCCUUAAGGGAACCUGAAGUACAGGGACCGGGAACUGCCCCCUGAGCAGCCACCACGGCCUAUGUGCAGAGCGGACAGUGCAAACGUGUGCUUCCUACAUGAGCCCUCAGAAGCCUUUGACAGGGGCAGCGUCUGUGUGGCCUCAUUAAACCACAGCUGAUACUGUCCAGUCCGACAAAAAUGUCUCUCAGUUGUUAGAUUUAAAAUGUCGUGCCCAUAUUUUAUCAAAGGAAUGUAGUGAGUAGAUUUGUAAAGCUAAGACUACGAGGCCUCUACUGAAAAACAGACAUUACCCUCGUCUGCCUUGCCCACUCCCCAGGGGUCAUUUUCAACAAGGUUAGCCAUCUUUUCCCUUUGCUGUAUCUUCAUGUAUCUAAAUAACUUACCUUCUGUUAACAUUUAUUGAUUCUUAAGUUUUAAUGAUCACCUAUGAGCUUUUAAAUAUAAACAAUGAAGAUUUAGCUCUUCUCACCUCUCCCUUCUUCCCAACACACAACUUCUCUCUUCCCUUCCUUAAUGCUUUAUCUCAUUUUUAUUGAAUCGAAUAGUCGACCUUCAUUCACACCCUCAUGCCAUGGAAUGACUAUUAAAAGCUGGGCCACCUGGUGAA